AUGAUGGAUACAGUCAAUUUGUCUCGCUCCCAGAGGCUUUUAGUCGCAGAUGCGACGAGGCUUGCGAGAGAAGGAAGUGAGAACGUCGCUGUGAGGGACGCGACGGAGUGUGCGAGAGAUAGACAGAGCGGGGCGGUGCCCGUUGACUCGAUUACCUUGAGAGCUCGUGCAGUGGAAGACGUUCCUUCGGAAGACGACGGUUCUGAAGCCGAGUUGUUUCUGACGACCUUAUACCCCGAAGGGAUUUUCGAGGAGCUUCCACGACUGCACCCUGACUUAUUGCGUCCUGCUUUCGUGGCUGGUCAAGAUUGGAACGGCGUGGACGAGACUAAGUCGACCCCGAGGAGCGUGAAGAGGGUUCUUCGGGCCGCGAACGCUACAGGCGUGACCUUCCUCAUUCCUACGAAAGAGCAAAGGCCUUGGUCUCCUCCGAUCGGAUACCAGACGGUUUACGAGUCCUAUUUCCAGGAUGACACUCGAUGUUGGUUCCCCAUCCCGCGACUGAUCACCGCGUACGCUAGGCUGCGAGAUCUCGCGAUCAGUCAGUUACUGAACGGCUCGCUGCGACUGGCCGUCACUUUAUCAGUUCUAGCGGAUCAGAUCGACAUGCCGAUGAGCGUCAGGUCAUUCGAGGAGAUGACCUCGAUAACCGACAUGAAGGACGGAACCUAUUCGGUGAAGAUGCGAACACACUGCAAUGUGUGCGCCGGUCAUCCAAACAAGACGCAGAAUUGGCAGCGCUCUUAUUUCUUCCUCAAGUCCGACGACUCGGCUUUCGAGGAGCCCCCUCGAGAGGGCUAUCGGGUUCUAUGGAACCGUUCUUGUGUUUGCCAUCCUACGUCUCCAGUCUAUCCGGAGGAUUUCCUGAAGAGCGUUCGAGCCGUCGCUUUGCUUCGAAUUUACCGUUGGUCCGAAAUUUCCGUUGAGAGGAUUCGCGAGCUUAAGGACCGGAUCGCUCGAAGAGAGUGGAGAUCCGAUCUUCCGACCGUUCUUCCUAUUCGCACCAAGAGACUAGACAUCUUCCCGAAGGACAUCCAGAGGCAAGUUUCUGAAGCAAAGAGGAUGGGAACUCUUCCUGAUUUGAGCGCGAUAUUAGCCGCCCAGCUGGGGCUGGCCAACGGGGAAGGACCCUCGACGGCGGCUCCUCGCGCUGGUGGGGUUCCCCCUUCUGAUGCUAGAAACGCAGGGAAGGGUAAAAAAAGGAAGAGGGGCGGCUCGGAAGUAGAGGUGAGCGCCGAGGAGGCGAGCGACGUACCUCCUUCCGGCGAACCCCAGAAGAAGAAGAAGAAGAAGAAGAAGAGGACAAAGAAGCCCGUUGACGAGCGGUCGGAGAGUCCUGAAGAACCGGCUGAGAUUGAGGAGGGCGAUGUCCAAGAAGAAGAACUUCAGCCCGAAGAGGAGGCUUCUAAGGCUGAAAUCUCGGGAGAAUGGAACGAUGCGGAGGAAGUUGGUGGAGGGGAGGAAUCUGAAACUCCUCUUAGUGCCGCCCGUCCGGACGGUUCUGAAGGGGUCAGCGGAGAGUCACCGCUUUUGAUCAGGAGGCCUAACGAUGGAGUUGGCGACGAGGCGCGAUCUCCUAUUCUGGCGUCUUCUCGCGAGGGAACUCCGGCUCUCAUUGGAGAAGGAGCCGCUCAGAUCGGUACUUCUUCUCGCGGCUCCCCUAUCUUGAGGAGGGUGCCCGGAGUCAACUUUCCGGACAAGGUUUCGUUUCACUACGAGGGACCGGCCCCUCUAGUGUACGUUCCCGAGAAGUGCGGAGAGUUCCUUCGCCAACUAAGGGGGAGGGCGAAACCUUUGCCCGCCGUGAAGGACCUCAUCUUUGGGAGCGAAUACGAGGAAGCUGCGAGGGCCAAGCUGCUGGGGGACAGCGCGAUGAACGUCGUGAUUGAUAAAUACGACACUGCCAUGAAGGGAGCUUUGGGCGAACUCGAGCUGGCUAAGAAGGAGCAAGCGGAUAGAGAGGAAGCUUCUGCUCGCCAGCUGAAUGCAUCGAGGGCUGACGUCGAGAGGCUUAACGGGAUGGUUGCUCGCAUCAUUGUUCGAAGGGACGAGCUCAAAGCCGAGUUGGAGACAUCCCGAGGAGUCGUCCAUGAGCUCGAGCGGAAGAACGCCGGACUUGAGAGCGAGAAGGUUUCUCUCGCUGCGUCUCAUGAAGGAGAGAUGAGGCGCCUUAGAGAUUCCAGAAUCCUGGAAGUGACGAGGGAAAGAGGAAGAGUUGAGGCCGAGAUGGCCGCGAAAGCUAAACGUCACUUCGCUAGGAUUCGCUCCCGAGAAGAGCGACGAGGUCCCUACGAGGAGGCCCGGUUGCUUCAUAGCCAAGCCUUCGGAACCAGGAAAUGCCUUGAGGCUUUGAAGAGGGCUGGGAGCGAUAUUUCGCAAGCUACUAUCGAGAUAUUCGCCGAGCAAGAAAAGAAAUACGAGCAGGAAGCCCAGAAGCUUAGGGUGGGUGAGAUACCCGAGGAAGAUCUCACACUUUCUCCUCUCGUAUUGGACUCUCAGUUUAUGGAUGCUCGAAUCUUGGCGAGUCUCGAUCCGUAUGGGUCCAACGCCGGCUUAAUUGAUCCGGAGACUGCAGCGAGUCUUCACGUUCCGCCUACUCAUCCAACUGAAGCGCGGCACGAAGACCCGACGCCUCUUCUUGAAGGCCCUUUGGCCGAUCCAGAGAUCAUCCCGAGAUCAGACGAAGCGUGUGUUUCUCCGGCUGCUCGUGAGUCGAGUGUCAGGGCUUCGGAGCUCUCCGUCCUCAACGAUCGUGAAAGCGGCCGGGAGGACUAG